AUGCUCAUGCUCAGAAGAACUGCCCUGCACGUCGUCCUGCACGAUCAUCCCCAUCUGCUGCUCCACCAUCAUGGAUGGUCAUCCCCUCGGUUUCUUCUUCCUCCGGCUCCUCCUUAUCACCCCUCUUCUCUCCAAGUCCUGGAGCCUGAACCUGAAAGUAGUUCAUUAAGAAACUACUGCUGCUCCCACGUGCACUUGGCAUCUGACAAUGCUGGCCUCCAAAUCCAAAAACAACGGCCGAGGGCUGCGAGGACGUCAGAGCUGCAGGCGCAGCUGACGCUCGUGCAGGAGGAUCUCAGGAACGCGAGGGACCACCUGGCCUCCAUCGAGAAUGACCGGGCUCAGAUCCUCGAGGACCUGGCCGUCGCCAAUCGCCUCGCCGCCGACGCCAACGGGAAGCUGGAGGACUCGCUGCUCGCCCAGCGGCGGGCCGAGGAGGCGCUGGAACUGGAGAGGUUCAAGUCCACGGAGCGCGAGCAGUCCGCCAUGGACCUGGCACAGAGGACGGAAGACGAGUGGCGGAGGAAGUACGACAGCGUCAGGAAGCGCCACGCCGAGGACGUCGCGUCCCUCAUCGCCACGGCCAGGGAGCUCGAGGCCGCCAAGGACUCGGCUCUGAACCAGGCGGACGAGCUGCAGGGGAUCGCCAGCCGCAGCGAGAAGAAGGCGGAGGUCCUGACGGCCGAAGUGGCCCGGCUCAAGUCCCGCCUUGACACCGAGCUGGAGAACAAAGCCAAAGAAGCCGCGGAAACCAUCGAGAGGCUGGAGUCUGAAGCUUCCGCGCUGAGGGCGGAGCUCCGGAAGGCCAAGGAGUUCGAGGAGAAGCUCGCCAAAGCGGAACAGGCGGUGGAGGGGCUCAAGGUCGACGUCGCGUACGCCAGGAGGGUUGAAGCAGACGCCAGCCGGUCGGCGCAGGAGUGGAAGAGCAAGGCGGGGUCAUUGGAGACUCGCCUCGAAGCCGCCUCUCACCUGAACAAACGCAACGAGGAGUCGCUCGCGUCACUGACCAACAGCUUGGAGGACUGCACGUCCAUGCUCCAGGACAAGCAGUCACAGCUCCUCCAGCUCGAAGACAAGGUGGCAGCCUUGGAGAAGGAAGCGAGCGAGCGCCUCGAAGUUGCAACAGAGGAGUCAUGCGAGCUACACGCGGCCAUUGAUGGACUGAGGUCUGAACACCAGCUGCUGCACGAGGCGCAUCAGCAAGCCGUCGGCGCCGAGAAGACAGCCAGCGCGCAGGUCGGCCACCUCACUGAAGACAAGAACAAGCUGCUCAGGGAGCUUGCUGACACCAGAGAAAAGAGGGACAAGGUGAAGAAGGCCGUCGAGGAUUUAGCGGCGGCGCUGCGUGAAGUGUCGUCGGAGGCAAGAGAGGCCAAGGAAAGGGUGCUCGCGAAACAGGCAGAGCUAGACGAUGCCCGGCUUCAGAUGUCAGAGCUGAAGGCGGCGAUGAAGAAUGCAGAGGAAAGAUACCAGUUGAGGAUGGUUUCAGAGGCCAAGAUUUCGAAGGAUGAUUGGGUAUCUAAAGAGGCUGGGUUUGUUGAUCUGCUCAAGAGAUCUGAUGAUGGAAUCAGCUCUAUCCAGCUGGAAAUGAACAGGCUGACGGAGUCACUGAGAGCUGCAGACAACGAAGUGCAGGAGCUCAGGGCAGACAAGACCCAGCUGCUCAAGAGAUCCGCAUCGGAAAAAGCUAGCGAGGUCUCCAAGUUGCUUGGAGAGAUGACAGCGAGAAAGGCCGAGGUGGAAAGCACCGACAAGUCCAAGGCCCUGCAAGCCAAGCUGGACAUGGACGAAGUGCUGGAAUCACUGAAAGCCGCGGAGGGCGAAGCGAAGGCUGCCAAGGAGGAGAAGGUGCAGCUGCAGAACAAGCUGAGGCUGCUCGAGUCCAAGAUCACCGAGGCCAACCUGACCUCGGAGGAGGCAAAGAUCAGCAGCCUGAGGUUGAAGGAGACGUUGGAAGACAAGGAGCACGAGUUGGCGAGCAUUGUACAGGAGAACAGAGAGAUGCAGGCAAGAGAAGCGGCUGCUCACGCGAAGAUCAAUGAGCUCGCCCUGCUGCUAGCAGAAGCCACUGCCAGGAAUGGAGGAGAGUUAUCGAAGGAUGAUUGGACCGAAGGAUGA